UUUCUUCCGGGACGUCGCAGUGGGAGGUUGUACUGCUCCGUAAAUGGUUAAUUCGACCAUGAGAUGACUGAGAAUAUAGUAGAAUCGGAGUCGGGAAGUGAUUGCUACGCGGGCCACGUGGCGAAGCAGCUCACGCCGGAGGAAACCGCUAAAAUGUUGGCCCAAAAUUCGCGCCUUGUUUCGGAAUUUCGGGCGAAACAACUCGAGAAGGACGCGAAGAAGCACUGGGAUCUUUUCUACAAAAGAAACGACACGAGAUUCUUUAAGGACAGGCAUUGGACCACGAGGGAGUUCGAGGAGCUUUUGAGGUUAGGUCGCGGCGAGGAGGGCGUGCUACUCGAAGUUGGUUGCGGCGUUGGAAAUUUGAUUUAUCCUCUGCUCGAGGACGGCUCGAGUUUCGAGAGGAUCUUCGCUUGCGAUUUAUCGACCAAGGCUGUCGAAUUGGUUAAAAGUCAUAAGUUGUUUGAUCCGAGGAAGAUUGUGGCAUUCCAGGCGGAUGUGACGGAGGAAAAUUGUUUCUUGGAAAUCGAUAGCAGAGUGGACGUUGCGACUCUGGUUUUUGUCAUGUCGGCAGUACAUCCUGAUAAAUUUAAGAAAGUUAUAGCAAAUUUAAAGCGUGUUAUGCACAGCGAUGGAAUCGUUCUUUUUCGGGAUUAUGGGAUUUACGAUAUGGCACAGUUAAGAUUUAAACCAGGCCAUAAGAUUGCUGAAAAUUUAUAUGUUCGUCAAGAUGGAACCAGGAGUUACUACUUUACUAUAGAAGAGGUCCAAGACAUGUUCACCUCUAUGGGAUUUGAAACUUUAUCUUGUUCAUAUAUACAUAGACGGACAAUUAAUGUAAAGGAAAAAAUCGAUGUCCCCAGAAUUUUUGUUCAAGCAAAAUUCAAGAAACCAUGAUACAUUCCAUGUGUGGUGACCUGAGAACAUUCCUUGAUUGGACUUUUAGAACGAAUAUUCAUGCAUGGAAGCAUGAAAACAUGACGUUUCUAGUUACUGUUCGAUCGAGCAGCAGCCGCAGCAGUUGGAAAGUAGCUGAAUCUGUUAAAAGAUACAGCAUGGCAGGGAACUGGAGCAGCACGUGUAUUGUGGUGUGUUAUUUUUUAUAAAUUACAUAUAUAUUGCAUUAAUAAACGUGAUGCAUAAUGUUUCUUAUUUGCAUAGAACGCAAUGCUGACUAUUCGUCACUACCACUGAUUUACAUUAAAUUUAUUUUACAGUAUCGAAACUUGUACUGACCUACAUUCCUAAUUAUAGGUUUAUUUAUUACAGAUCAAUCGCACUGGUGGGUUCUGAAGUGGUAUGUUAUAUUGUUUUCGACUUUCUUUUUUCAAUUUUUAGUAACAAAUUUAGUGCUUAGUAAAAGAAAUCUGAUGAAAUAAAAUAUUUAUCAUGAUCUAUCGUGAUUGAUCUAUAGUAUUAGCUCUAACUGAAAUUAUCUAACAUAAGCAUAAUUAAGUAGCUGUAAAAGGUACACGCUGUAAAAAACGUUAUAUAUUUUCAGAUAAUUAUAGUCCGGAAGAAGACUUCUUGGAAGUUUUUUUAAACUUUUCGACAAAAAUAAAAUGACUAUAUCUA